AAUAAACACCAAAGAAGAAGAAGACGUAUCUCGCGAGAGUUCCGUUCCUGAGCUCGCGUCCUUGUCCUGAGCAGAGAUGGGGUACUGGGACAUACCGGAGGGGACAGACUGCGUGGAGAAGACAUGGAUCACCACCAAACUGGCCACAGCUCUGGGCCUGGUUGGUUCAGCCUAUCACAUAGUGGCAUUCCAGCCUGAUUCUGCAUUGGCAGCGCUACAGAGGGCUACCAACACAACAGUUACCAUGGCCACCAUGGGAGCCAUCUUCGGCAUGGCGACCUGUCUCAGCGCUCAGGCUCGUGAGGCCCCAGACGACCCGUUGAACUACUUCAUCGGGGGCUGUGCCUCUGGGAUCUUCCUGGGAGCCAGAACCCACAGUGCUAUGACUGGUACGUCAGCGUGUCUGGGUCUGGGUACGUUGGCCUUUUUCACAAAAAUCGGCAACAUGGAGGGAUGGAGGCUCGCUGGACCCCCCAAGCUAUGAGGAGGAAGACGGCUGUAAAUUUAACUGUAUGUUGUAAAAAAAGUUCCUAUAAUAAAGUUCUUGUGAAAAUUACACAAUAAACUCUGAGUCAGUUGCGUCACAA